UGUGCAAGCGAUUUAUUCAUCGGCAAUGUCAUGUUUUCGUCCAAUAUAUAACUCUUGAAAAAAAUCACACGUUCGUUGCUUCAUCGCAAUCAGUUAAUCUCGGUGGAUCGAGGCAGAGAAUCAUCGUGGUUGGGAGCUGUCGCUAGUUGUGUUGUGUCUUUCGAUCGUAUUUUUAUUUCCCUUACUACACGUCUCUCGCAUUCGCCCGGAGGUGAAAGUAUCGAGCGAAUAUACGAAAAAUUCGGCCUCCAAACUGAAGGAUUUAAAGAGUUCCUACAACCAUGGGUCUCCAACGGAUUCUAAAGCUUUGUAAUCACGCAGGUGAAACUACGUUUCUACAAAAUGGAAAAAAGUUGUUAACAGUCGUCAGAAAUGCAUCGACCAACGCGAAACCCGAUUUGACCUCGGUGAGGUACAAAAUCGAGCGUGGACCUUACGCCACUCUGAACGAAGCUCAUCUCCAAUUCUUUAAGAACACACUCGACGAUAAUAGAGUCAUUACGGACCCUGAAGAAUGCGAAUCUUACAACGUCGAUUGGAUCAAGAUGGUUCGAGGCAACAGCAGACUCGUUUUGAAGCCAAAAACAACCGAAGAAGUAUCGAAAAUCUUAAAAUACUGCAACGAAAAUCGUUUGGCCGUUUGUCCACAAAGUGGAAACACGGGACUCGUUGGAGGGAGCGUUCCUGUUUUCGAUGAAAUUGUACUUUCCAUGAAACUUAUGGAUCGAAUUAUUUCCACCGACGAAUUAUCAGGUAGCGUGGCGUGCGAAGCUGGAUGUGUGCUCGAGUCCCUGGAGACUCAUUUGGCCCAGUACGGUUUGAUGAUGCCACUGGAUCUUGGUGCAAAGGGAAGUUGUUUGAUAGGUGGAAACAUUUCGACAAACGCAGGGGGCUUGAGACUUUUGCGUUAUGGAAAUUUGCAUGGAAACGUUUUAGGAAUCGAGGCGGUCAAAGCGAAUGGAGAAGUGAUCGACUGUAUGAACACUCUCAAGAAGGAUAACACCGGUUACCAUAUAAAAAAUUUGUUUAUCGGAUCGGAAGGGACUUUGGGAGUCGUAACCAAAGUUGCUAUUCAAUGUCCCACUAAAGCGCUGUCUACUAAUGUUGCUUUUCUAGGAUUGACAGAUUAUGAGAACGUGUUAAAGGUGGUGAGACUGGCAAAGAGAGAAUUAGCAGAAAUAUUGUCAUCCUGUGAAUUAAUGGACAAAGAAUCAUUGGACGCGACGACAGGAAAUUUGGGUUUACGUUCGCCGUUGUCAGGGGAAGCACAUAAUUUUUACAUGUUGAUUGAGACAGCGGGUAGUAAACAGACACAUGACGAGGAAAAACUGUCAUCGUUCGUUGAAAAAGCACUGUCGGACGGUUUGAUAGAGGACGGUACAAUGACGGGGGAGCCGGCGAAAAUAAAGAAUAUUUGGGAUCUCAGGGAACGAGUCGCCGAAGGUGUCAUGCGCGACGGUUACUGCUUUAAAUAUGACGUCUCCUUGCCGCUCUCACACUUUUACGAAAUAAUCGAGCUACUCCGAGAACGCCUGACCAACCUCAACGUUGUACGAAUCAACGGAUUUGGCCACUUGGGGGACGGGAAUCUCCACGUGUCCGUAUCAACGAAAGCUUACGACGCCGAGGUCGAGGAUAAGCUCGAGCCGUUCAUAUUCGAGUUCGUAUCAAAACUGCGGGGAAGCGUCAGCUCCGAGCACGGAAUCGGUUUCAAGAAAGCGAAGUACCUUCGUCUGAGCAAAGAACCAGGGGCGAUUGCGCUCAUGCACCAAAUAAAGAGGAUGAUGGACCCGAACGGGAUUCUCAAUCCCUACAAAGUGGUGUAUCCGAUGUGAAAAUAUCGACCGAAUGAAUAUUGUAAUCGGGCCGAAUAAGCUAGCCCCGAUAGGUGAGUUCCGCGGCAGCUCCGAAAUGGCGAUUAUUCGGGGAUAAAAACGGGCCGGGAAAAGCCUCCGAGGCGGCUAAAACCGCGCGUUUUUCUCGCGGAGCUCCGCCAUUUUACGGGGCUUUGGGGCGCACAGGCCGAAAAACAAACAAAUCUACGAUUCAGCGAGGCUCAUAAAAUCGCUCGAAAUCGAGGUACAUUUAAAAACAAGCGAAUAAAAAUGUUUGAAGAAAAA